GCAGCCCGCACCUGGGCGACGUCAGCAGUGCAGUUUUGCGGAGCGGAGCGGAGCGCGGAGGAGCGUAUUACUUACUACUGCAUAGCGCGCGGAACCGGCGCCACUUCCACAAAUAGACGCCGGCGGAGGAGCAGCACCAGCAGUGAGUGACACAUUCGCUGCCGGGCCCCAGGAGGCUGGCUGAGGAGUCACCAUGGCUCCUUUCCUGCGGAUCGCUUUCAAUGAUUUCGACUUAGGUUCCUUGCCCCCGCAGGCUGACUCACCCUUCUGUGCCAUCAAGAUGAAGGAGUCACUCAGCACAGAACGGGGAAAGACCCUGGUCCAAAGAAAGCCUACCAUGUACCCAGCCUGGAAGUCCAGUUUUGACGCUCACAUCUACGAGGGCCGUGUCCUGCAGGUGAUGCUCAUGAAGACAGCCGAGGAACCGCUGUCCGAGGUCACCGUGGGCGUGUCUGUGCUGGCGGAGCGCUGCAAGAAAGGCAACGGAAGGGCUGAGUUCUGGGUUGACCUGCACCCCUCUGGGAAGGUGAUGAUGGCAGUACAGUUCUUCCUGGAAGACUCAGACUUAGAAAACAAGCAAUCUGUGCAGCCAGAGGAUGGAGCAGUAACCCUGAACCGUCGCCGAGGGGCCAUAAAACAAGCCAAAAUCCACAACAUUAAGAACCAUGAAUUCAUUGCCACCUUCUUCAAGCAGCCAACCUUCUGCUCAGUGUGCCGGGAGUUUGUGUGGGGGCUCAAUAAGCAAGGCUACAAGUGCAGAAAAUGCAAUGCUGCAAUCCACAAGAAGUGCACUGACAAAGUCAUUGCCCGCUGUACAGACACAGCUGCCAACAGCCGAGAUACCAUGUUCCAGAAAGAGCGCUUCAAAAUUGACAUGCCCCAUCGCUUCAAGACUUACAACUACAUGAGCCCCACAUUCUGUGACCACUGCGGCAGCCUACUGUGGGGCCUCGUCAAGCAAGGCCUCAAGUGUGAAGAGUGUACGAUGAACGUCCAUCACAAGUGCCAGAGCAAAGUGGCCAACCUGUGUGGGAUCAAUCAGAAAAUGCUAGCUGAAGCCCUGACCCAAGUCAGCCAGAAAUCCACGAAGCGAUCCGACACCAACUUGUCAGACAUCGGAAUCUACCAGGAUUUCGGCAAGGGCCAUGAUCCAGAUGGAGAUGGCCUUCCAUAUGGGAAGAUUUUUGAGGACCCCAGCCCAAUGCCUUGCCCUGACCCAUCCCCUGCACCUUCACCUAGCCCUGCCCCAGCUCCCAUCAUCCACCAGACACGCGUUAAUAUAAACGACUUCACCCUCCACAAAGUGCUGGGCAAGGGCAGCUUUGGUAAGGUGUUUUUGGCUGAGAUGAAAAGAUCUGGAGAGUACUUUGCCAUCAAGACCCUGAAGAAGGAUGUGGUGCUCAUGGAUGAUGAUGUGGAAUGCACCAUGGUGGAGAAGAGAGUUCUGUCACUAGCCUGGGAACACCCCUUUCUCACGCACUUGUACUGCACAUUCCAGUCCAAGGAACUCCUCUUCUUUGUGAUGGAGUACCUGAAUGGGGGAGACCUGAUGUUCCACAUACAGGAGAAAGGCCGCUUUGACCUCUACAGAUCCAUGUUCUAUGCUGCUGAGAUCGUCUGUGGACUCCAGUUCUUGCACGCUAAAGGAAUUGUGUACAGGGACCUAAAGCUGGACAAUGUUUUGCUGGACCAGGACGGACAUAUCAAGAUUGCUGACUUUGGUAUGUGCAGGGAGAAGAUGUUUGGGGAGAACCGUGCCACCACCUUCUGUGGAACGCCAGACUACAUUGCACCUGAGAUCCUGCUGGGACAGAGGUACUCCUUCUCUGUAGACUGGUGGUCCUUUGCAGUCCUGCUGUAUGAAAUGCUGAUUGGCCAGUCUCCCUUCCAUGGGGACGAUGAAGAUCAGCUCUUUGAGUCCAUCCGCAUGGACACGCCCUAUUACCCACACUGGAUCACUAAGGAGUCCAAGGACCUGCUGGAGAAGCUCUUUGAGCGAGACCCCUCUCUCAGGUUGAGUUUUGUUGCAAACAUCCGGGGACAUUCCUUUUUCAAAACCAUCAACUGGAUUGCCUUGGAGAGGAGAGAAGUGGAGCCCCCCUUCAAGCCCAAAGUGAAAACCACCAAUGACUACAGCAACUUUGACCGGGAAUUCCUGAAUGAGAAGCCCCGCCUCUCUCAGGCUGACAAAAACCUCAUUGACUCUAUGGAUCAGACAGGAUUUUAUGGUUUCUCCUUCAUCAAUCCAAACAUGGAGCGGUUCCUGGAGAUAUGAAGAAAGCCAUUCCAACACUCUGUAGCAUGAGUGCACGAAAAGAGGAUGGAACCAGAGGAUGUUAACUUUACAGCUUUUAAGGGUAAAUCAUAGUGUCUUCUUUCUUGUGAUGGAACUUUAAAUCUACUGUUUAGUGGUUGUACUGAACUAUGUACCGACACAUACACCCUCUCCGUCACCAGCCACUCUUAAAACAGUCUAUAAUGGAGCGAGGACGUGCUGUAUGUGCUUAGAUGCCCACAACUCAUUGUAAUGAACUUAUACUCUGUGUAGCAGGGCAUGAACUUCAGGAGCUCAAAGCCCUUGUUACUGAAGGACACUGUAACAGCUGGAAGAGACAGAUACCUCACAUUGCCCAAGAUUUUAGACAGGAAUUCCAUUCAAUAUCCUCUACCUCUGUUGUCCAGCUUUAUUCCCUUUCUGAAGUGCUGCAGUCAGACUGAGUGCAUUACUAACAUCUCUCUGCAUUUCGGGGUCACGGUUACACUCCGUUGGUCAUUAUCAUCACACCUUUCGAUCCAAGAUUACAGCUGUCUUUAUGGCAUAGCAGUUCUGCUCUGUACACCAUCGACUUCCCACAUAAACUUACAUCAACUUUACAGUUGCACAAUCUGUGGUGCUUACUGAUGUCUGACUAUCUUAGCCAGGGCUGCAACUUUAACUGCAUUAUUAUGUGAAUCAAAAUAAAACAUGUCAGCUCAUGUACAGAAGACAGAAGAAAAAUGACAGCAGAAAUGAAUGACAUUGUUACUACAAAACUUGGAACAAAUUUCCCGUCCUGAUCUCACUUAUUCUUCCAAACCACUGGUUUGUAUAACUCAAUGGUUCAAUGAUUCCUGUUAGAAAUAUUACUUGUACUUAAGGUUAUUUAAGCAGUCAUUUUAAAAUUAAAGGUUGAGAAAUUGUAAAUUUCAGUGGAGGAAAUAGGCAUCAUUACAUUUUGGAUGAGAUUUGUAUACACAUGGUUUCUGAUCUUGGUGUGUUUUCGGUAUGUGUGUAACGAGUAAAAAGAUAUGACCCUGUGCAUUAAUGAUGCAUUUAGCUUUGUUCAUUGCCAUUUAAAAGGCUGCAGAUGAGACCGGUCAAAGUCCUUUGCUCUGACAGGUCACCGUAGCCUUAGCCCCAAGGCCACGUGCAGCAGGUUGAUAAAGUAGCCAGGAAGCCCUGUAACUGCUGUCACCGCGGCAAUGGGACACCGUGCAUGAUAUCCUUGUUCUAAAGAGCACCACUUUCUGCAUCCUUGGCAAGUGAAUGAGUUGAAAUGUGUGUAAUGUUACUUGAAUGUAGUCAUUUUAUCAAGAAAUAAUUUGCUGUGUAUAUAUAUAUUGUUGGAACAGAUAUACAGUUGGUGAGCUAAGGAUUUGCUU